UUGGUCACUCAGAGGCAAGUCGUGACGUCACUGGGACGCCUUGCCGAAGUGGUAGGUUUGCCUUAUGUUUUGUUGUGGGGGGGGCGGAAAAAAAAGGAAUUUCCAUUCUUUUUGCGCUGAGAUUCUACGCGACAACAGAUUUGACAUCCGUCAGGGGCAGCCAUGUCAGUCAUCCAACAACCUCGAGGGGAAGCGGGCGGCGGCGGCAGCGUGGCCGCCCACCUCCAGUGUCCCCUCUGCGGCAGUUUUUCCAAAACUCACGCCUAUCAGCUGUCGCACAUGGCCUUCGCCCAUCCCACCUACUUGGACGGCGUGACGAUGGGUCGCCUGGGCAACGUCGUGAUGUACCAGAACGGCGUCCAUUUGUUCCACUGUGCCGAGUGCUUCUUCACCAGCCGCGACUUCAACAAAGUCUAUCAGCACAUCAUCGCCAAACACUGCUUGGACGAGGCGGCGGCGGCUGCGGCGGGAGGAGCGGCCGACGCGGAGGACAACGGGAGCGAAAAGGGGGACAAGGAAGCGGACGAGGAAGCCAAGGAAGCGGACGAGGAAGCCAAGGAAGCAGAUGAGGAAGUAAAGGAGGAAAUGAAGGAAGUCACCCAAGUAGACAAGGAUCCAAAGGAAGCCAACGAGGAGGAUGAGGCAACUCCUCCGAGACCCAACGGCGGCGCGGAGGUGAAGGAUGAAGACGGCACGUCUGAGAGGUCCAUCGGCGAGGCGGAUGAAAGCGUGUUGCUGUUCGACGGCGACAUGUACCACUGCCUGAUUUGCGGCUGCUGGAAAAACAAGCUGAAAGGUUCGGCCAUCACCCACGCGGUGCGAAAACAUAGCAUCCCCAGAGCGUUCACCUCCCAGAGGAUCCGACAGGAUGACCUCGCUCCAAAGUCUGCCUUGACACCCAAACAGCAUCUGAGCGGCGGUGCGGAGGAAGAGGAAGAGGACGGCCUGAGCGCCGACCUUCUGAAAGAAGAAAUGACGGCCAUGGACAAAGUGGUCCACUUUCGCUCCAAUCGCUACGUCUGCGUCCUAUGCGGCUGGAAGGCCAAAAUGAAAGGUUUUACCAUCAGUCACGUGGUGCGUUGCCACGACGUGGAGCGACCGUACGGCUGCAAAGACUGCCCGGCCACGUUCUUCCUGCCCAGCCGACUCCAGCAGCACAUCCGAGCGGCUCACCGGCCGGGACGCUACGCCUGCCCCUUCUGCAGCUUCAGGUCAAACGUCCUGGCUGGCUUCCGGAGGCACUGCAGUCGAUGCACCGCCCGCGAGGAAGGCGAAAGAGGAGUCGGGUUGCUGAUGGGCGAGGAGGGGCGAGGGGUCGUGGUGGUCAAGGAGGAAAGCAAGGAGACCAGGGCAGGCCGGAAGAGAGCGCGCAGGCUGAUUGAAGAGGCGGGGGGUGAAGAUGAGAUGUUCUAACGCGGGGCGAGAAAAAAAACUGGACAUACGGCCCGCCGACAGGCACAAUUGAUGCAUUCCUUGGCCGUCACUUUUUCUACAAUGGGUUGAUUAAAGUGUAUUUAAUCAUUUAUCUCAUUCAAUAAUUGGUUGCAUUUGUGAAGGGAAAGGAAAAAAAAAUAAUGGAAUGGAAAUCACAUUUUGUAGUACAGCACAAUGAAACUCAACGGAUUCAACCUGUCCAAUCGAAAAAAAAACAAAAAACAAAAUGAAAAGACCAAAAGAGGGAGACAAGAACGGGUGACCGCUUUUGCAUCAGCUGGCGCAUCGAAUUUCUGAGAUGAAAGAGCAAAACGAGGAAGGAGGAGGCGCCAGCGAGUAAGAUUAAGUAAAACCAGUCGUAGAAUUGAUCAGCGAUCCAAUCGAAAAUGAGCAUGAAUUCACUACAUUUCUAAUGAAUUGGGAUGACCCCCCCCCCCCGUUUUUUCCAUCCGGUGUCCCUCACCCACAUCUCCUCAUGAUGGUCACGGGUGAGCUGGGCCUUUUGUAGCUGACUUGA